AUGGAAAAGAAAAUUAGUAUUUUGCAAGGUGGUAGUAUUUACUUCUUCUACCGCCCAAAGGUCGAAAAUAGUUCCAAAGAAGUGCAACGAUUUUUUUUGGUUUUGCAACCCCAAAAUCAAAGUAAAUAUCAGUUAUUAAUUGUCGGAAAAAAACAAUUACCUCCCACUGAAAAAGAAAAUUAUUUUUUGUUUUUGGAAGCCAUUAAAAAUAGCAAGGAGGAAUUAUUGUCAGCAUUAAGUGAAAAACAUUAUUCAACUAAAACGAGGGGAGAACGAACUUUACCGGUUUCUCAUUGCCUUGGAGCCGGAAAAUAUUUAUUAGCAACUCAUAAUAACCACACCCAUUUUAUUUAUCAGUUAACCAACCCUUCCCAAAUUAAAGAAGUUCAAAAGGAAUUCAAUUUACAAAAGGAAGAUGAUUAUUUAAUUAGUAUCAAAAAUCCCCAAGCGGCUGCUCCCACCGGAGCAGGAUUGACCGCAAAGCAAAAAGUCAAAUUCCCCUCUGCUUUACAGACUAAAUUUGCUAAUUAUUCUUUUAUUCCUCUUUCUACCAACGAAUUUUUGAAUUAUGAAGGAGCGGAAUUGCUGUUAAUUUCCAAACGAAAAGAAAGUUUAAGCAAACGAGAAAACGAAGUGGAAAAUUGUCUUGAAAACAUCCACCCUGACAAUUUGUUAGAGGAAUUUUCCAAAAUAAGUUCACCGGAGGCUCUGUCUGAAAUCAAAGAACUCAUCCGCACCGAAGAAAACAAGUUCCAAAAAUAUAAGUUCUUUAAUGAAUUGCAAGUGCUAAAAUUAUUAAGACCUUUACUAACUAAGUAUAAAUUAACUCUCUUGUUAACGGCAGGAAGUAAUGUGGACUUAGCCAAAGCCAAAGGUUCCAGUGAAACCUAUGCUAUUAAGUAUAUGUUGAGUAAAUUCUUUUUAAUGCCAGUCAAGGAUGAAGCUGACCCAGAUUAUCGACAGAAGGAAGAAAAAGAUGGAAUGACCACUGAGGAAAGAAAAUCAGUCAACGAAUUUUUAAAAAAACAUGAAAUCAAAAUUUAUAAAGAUAUGGCAAAUAAAAACAAUGUAAUUAAGGAAAUUCAAGAACUAAUUCAACACAUUGAAGCGAAUUAUCAGGAAGGGAUUGAUUACAAACAUAUGACUUGGGAUGAAAUUAAUAAGGAGGGAGUGGUGCGAACUUCCAUUCUUUCUCCUCGCUUAAAAAAAUAUUGUCGGGAGAAAUUUGGUUUUCCGGCGGGACAAACCAUUAAAAAGGGAGGAGAAAGAGUCGAUGUUUUAUGGUGGUGUAAAGAAAAAUUAAAUAAUUUGGGAUUAGAAAAGGAAGGAAUAAAAGCCUCUGAAAUGUGUGCGGUUUGUCAAAAAAUAGCUUUCAGAAAAGAGGAAUAUUUUGCGGAUAAAGAACAACCAAAUGAAAAAAAUACCCAGAUAAAAGAAAAGUUAUUGCGAAAUUUGGAUAAAAUCUGUAUCGAACAAACAGGUCAUUUAGCUAAUGCCGAACUUUUAAAAAAUGACAAGGAGAAUGAAUAUUUUUUUCUAGAAAUCGAAGGCGAGGAAAUAAAUUUGGAAGAAUUAUCGAAAAGAGAUUAUGGCACUUAUCAGAAAAUAGGCGAGGCGCUCAUUAAAGAAAUUAAGGAUAGCCCCCAAGAUUGA